CAGCACAUCACAAAAUAAUAAAGUAGUAUGUAUUCAGAGCUUGAGUGCGGAAUUUGUUACCGGACCUACAAUGCGGGUCGUCGGUGUCCCCGGGAGCUCCACUGUAAGCACAGCUUCUGUGAGAGCUGCCUCCUGGCUCUGUCCCGAACCCCGGGAGUCGCCGAGGCACAUCCAGGAGAUGACCGGUUCAUCGUCUGCCCGCUGUGCCGACAAACCACAUCCAUCUCCAGUGAGGGGGAGAUGAGGACCGAGCUCAGGGUGGAUGAGUCCGUCCUGGAGUGGCUGCUGGCCGCGGGGGUCCUCGACCUAGAGGAGGAAGAGGAUGUCCACCCGGGGGUAGAACUGGACAGCCAAGUUCAAGACGGCUGCUAUGACGAGUUAGCGUCGCUUCCCGAGAUUCCUGCCGAAGAGAGCGACUCCGCCGCGGGCUCCGGAGGUGGGAGGGUCCGGCGGUCUUGGAAGAAAGUUUGGAGGAAGAUUAGCGGGAAAAGCUCACGGCAGAGUCGUCGAGAAAGAAACUGGAUCACCAGUGAUGACCUGAGGAACUUCGCCAUGAUGUCCUGCUACAUGUUUUGAGCUGUCUACAGCCUCAGAUACCCUGGGCAAUGUGACAAUAG